AUGAGUCCUAAAGGGGGUAGCGAAAAGAUAACAUCGGCAAAUCUUGAGAUUAGUAGCACGAUUCGCAAGCUUUCAUGGUAUAAUCCUAGCUUGGUUCUUUUUAGCAAAGCUAUGGAUGUGAGCUCCAAGACUACUGCGUACAGCACAACCACAUAUGUAAUCAUUGGUGGCCUCUCUCCUGUCAUCUGGAACCCUUGUACUAAUAUUUAUGCUCGUCGGCCAAGUACUCUACUUGCGAUGUUAACCACUGUCAUCGGUGGAAUCGGCUCUGCCUGCUCGCCAAAUUUCGCUACACUCGAACACUUGCCAAGCAGGUGGUUGGCAGUGGGAUUAUGGGUAGGUGCUAUUAUUACUGGUUCAGCUCUUUCCUUUGCUAUUUUCUUCUUCCCAGAAAUGAUAUUCUGUCGCGAUACCGUGGCUCUUGCUACGAAAAGACCCGAGCGAACGUACUUUAUGAUGUUCUUCAAUUUCAAGGGGAAUAAAAGCACUACGAGAAGUCUACGCAUGCGGGACUUUUCGUAUGCAUUCCGCAUGUUUAGUUACCCAUCGGUCUUGUUUACAUUCUGGUACUAUACAUUAGCUUGGACAUUUAUCAAUGUUCUCCUUGCCAUUUCUCUAGCCACCAUCUACAUCAAAUUCUACCAUCUCAAAAGCGGAUCAAUGGGUGUCUCUCUAGGUAUCUUUCUCACGAUUGGCAGCAUGAUAGGCGAGCUCUGUGCUGGUUGUGCUUCAAAUGCCAUCAUGUAUCAUAUGGCGCAACGACAUAAUGGUUCUUUCGGUCUUCAAUUAUGCUCUACAGGGCUCUACUUUUACAUUUCCGAUUUUUAUAAGCCACAGACCCCGGAGACAGGAACACUUUUUAAUCUUUCGAGAGGAUUGUCAUCUGUAGUGGGUUAUUUUGCUUUGCCUCUAGCUGGAAGUAUCGGCUAUUUCUGGGCGUGGUUUAUCUUCGCUAGUCUUAUGGGAUUGAGUUAUGUACCAGUGGGAAUGUUGAUAUGGUUGGGAGAAAGUUAGAGAGAGAAGGAGGGAGAUGGAGUGGGGUGGUGAUGUACAGUUCAGAAGG